AUGAGCAGAGACUCGAAUGAAGCUCGACAUGUUGAUAGAGACGAAGAUGUUCAUGUUGCUGGCCAUGGGAAGGGAAUAGAGAAGCCCAUGGUUGCAAUAGAGACAAUGAUUGAGACUAAUGUUUAUUCUCAGCUGAUAAAGUGGGCAUUUUUCACCACCAGCUUCUUAUUUGUUGAUGAAGCAGCAAGAGAUUUCGGAACCCACGACGGAGCUCAACCGAGUGAAGUUCUUCUUUGGAGGGUUCACUUCUUGGUAGUCGUGAAUAGAGAAAAGAUUGAAGCUGCUCUCAGAAGUUCAGUCCAAGCCCUGUUUGCAGAAUUCUAUUAUUUGCUCUGUUGGAAAAAGAGGAUCACAAGUAGAACGAUUGAAGAAGGCUAUAACAACACCCCAACUAAAGAGCUCCUUCACAUUUUCUGCUGUAAAAAGCCGACUUCUUUGGGCCAAACAGCUUUGAAUCCCCAAGAACUCUCUGCUUCAGGACUAAUCUCUAAUACCCAGUUGAACGAUUGCCAGAAUCAGGUACAACAACUACAAGUCCACUCAAACAAGGAUAUUCUGGUAAAACCAUGUGAAGAGGAGAGCAUGGAGACAGAGCUCAUGAGGCUGCACAAGCUUGGAGGGCCUCCCAGAUUUCUCUUCACCAUUGUUGAAGAGACAAAGGAAGACUUGGAGUCAGAAGACGGCAGGUCCAGAGGCGAAAAGGGCUCAAGAGGAAGGAGCUUGAGUGACUUGCUUUUUACUGUGGAGACCCCAUUUCUCACUCCUCUUGCCUCUCCAUCUCUCCUCACGCCCCCUCUCACUUCCCCUGCGAACACAUACCAUAACCCGCAUGGAUUCAACCCUCUCUUUGAGUCCUCAACUGAUGCAGAGUUCAGCAGGAUCAGGGCAUCACCACCACCAAAGUUCAAGUUCUUGCAGGAUGCAGAAGAGAAGCUGAGAAAGAAAAUGAGGGAGGACUCUGAGAGGAAUGUUGUCAGAAAUGGUGGUCACAUUCAUCAUUAUAGUCAGAGUCAGAGAGUUACUGAUUCAAAGUCUGUGGGAGAAGUGGAGGAAGACGGGUCAUUCUUGAGCAUCCUAAUUGAUAAAAACAGGAGAGAGAAGUGAAUCGCCAGCAUCAUCUCUCCCCCGCCCAAACUAAAAAACUUGACAGUUUCUUGGUUAAUCCAAUCCACAACAACCCUUGUACAAUGAACCGCGAAUUAGUGAACUUUCAAGAGAAGAGAGAAGAAGACUGGAUCCUGCAAAAAGAUGUAGAAAUGAAAAGGUGGGUCUCAAGGCAAGUGGAGGACCGGUGGGGUUAACUUUUUUUUUUUAUCCAACUCCAGGUCUGCUCCUGAUUUUUUACCUGUGUAAUCAUUCUUGUGAGUGAGAUUACUGCUGAAUACUGAUGCUUCAGUCAAAAGCAGUGUGAUUCUCGUUUCUUUCCUUUAUUUCAACAAUAUUGCUGUUCUUUGUGUCUGUAAAAUUUUGUCUGCAUUCUCGUGA